AUGGCUGUACCAAAACAUUGACAAGUCGAUUUGCAUUCAGAAAAUCGCUGAUAAAAUACAAAUUUAGUAGCCGAUUAUCAUUUUGAGUCGAAGAACAUAAGCAUCAAUAUGCCUGGAAUAGAAAAACUACACCUGGAGGAUGCAUUAGCAGACAGUCCGCAGACGAGGAACUUGCUUGGCGUGUUUGAGAAGGAUGCUUGGAUGCUGAAGGGCUUCGCUCAGCACUACCAUCGUUGUUGUGACAGAGUUCACAGGGCCCAGUGCGAGUUAAGUGCUGCUACUGCCUCCUUGUCCCACCUACUAAAGACUUAUGACAUCCAGAAAUUCCCUCUCGACAAUGAUGAUACCAUACUCAAAGAGACAAUUAAGCAGUUCACUGGUUACCUGGAUGAGAUCAGUUCUAUGCAGCAGAUUUUGGCAACACAACUUGGAGAUAGCAUGAUGUACCCCAUCAAUAGGUUCUUACAGGCAGACUUAGAAGAAAUUUCAACCAUGUUCGAGAUGUUUCAAAUCUCAAGCUCUGAACAUGAAAAUGCCAUGAAUAAAUAUAUGAAGAUAUCAAAGAAGUCGAGAAACGAAAAAGAGAGAAUUGAUUCAAAUGAAGAACUGUAUGUUAUGAGGAAGAAGUUUCACCAGACCAACCUUCAUUACUACUCGUCACUGAAUGCACUCCAAUACAAGAGGAAGUAUGCAUUCUUGGAGCCGAUGCUAGGUUAUAUGCACGCACAUCGAUCGUUCUUUGCCAUGUGUCAGGAGGUCAUUGUCAAACCUGAGGUGGAGGAAUUCUUGGGCAAUACAAGUGCUAGUUGUCAAGGUGUGCACCAAGAGAUGAACCAUGAAACGCAAAAGACGGUCGACUUUAUUGACGCCCUGGAACAGCAGAGUCAUCACCUAUACUAUGCAGAACCUGUGGGCGAUAUGCCGUUUAUCCCUCCCAAUACCACUCUAACUCAGAAAGCGGGAUAUCUUUUCAUACGGAAGAAGGAGAUUCUGAGCCAUAAGUGGGAACGGUGCUAUUUCUUUAUCCAGGGAGGAAACUUAAUGAUUCAGAACAAAGAUGAGGUGGCAGGCUGUCUGGUGUUGGACCUGAACGAGGAAGGAACUCGAGCUGUACCAUGCGAAGCAGACGAUCGGAGAUUUGUUUUCCAAGUCGUUUCACCUUCAAGCAAAAAAUCUGUGAUACUCCAAGCUGAGAAUGAUAGAGACAAAGAAGAGUGGACAUGUACUAUAAACAAUGUGGUCAAAGAAGGAGGCUAUGUCAAGGACAAGACGCCAACUCGCAAGAAGAAUAAGCAGAGGCCUACGUCAGUAUCGGAAGGUUCCCCACAAAUAAAGGGAUCCGCUUCAGGGGAUUCAGCAUCGGGUUCAUCCAAAUCUGGGCCGCCCUCACCACCGACGACUCCAGGUGACGCAUUCCUCUCUGACACACCGAUACAGUUUGACAUGAUCUCCCCAAGUGAUGAGGGAAAAACCUUCCAACCACCGAAAGAUGGACCCCAGAGAAGAAUCAACCCAUUUGAUCAAACCACCGAUGACAUUGUCAAUGCGGACAGUUCAACAGAGAAUUCAGCCUAUUGCCAGACAUUUGUUGUCAGGUUCCUUGGUUCUAUGGAAGUGAAACUUGACAGAGGUGAGCAACUUGUCCAUGAGACAAUCCGACAGAUCAUGGCAGCGAGAGCAAUACAUAACAUAUUCCGCAUGACAGAAUCUCACCUCAUGAUCACGAGCGAAAACAUGCGACUACUCGACCCAACCAAUAAGAGCGUGCGCACAGAAUUUGCACUCGAAGAUAUUUCAUUUUGGUCGGCGCAUAAGGAGAACAAGAGGUUAUUUGCAUUCAUCACUAGGAAUAAGGAAGGGAGUGCCGACGGCCAUCCGUCAUUUGCGUGUCACGUCUUUGAAUGCAACACAUCGGGAGAGGAGAUAUGCCAGGCAAUCAGUGCAGCGACCAGGUUGGCUUUCCAGUCACUUAUGGACCCGGCAUGUGAUGAAAUAAUGGAGAAGAAGGCCCAGAGACAACAUAGGAAAUCAGAGCAGGAACUCUUGAUGUCGAAUAUAGCAGUUCUCGACGAUGAAGACAGCGACACCAGACAGCUUGCCGAGGAACCAACACCUGCGUUAAGUCCCGACGGAAAGUUUCUAAUCCUCAGAGACGUGCCUCAAGAUUCAGCGGCGCCGCCUAGCAGAAGUGUCGCUGGUGGCGAUGAGCGGACGACUGAGGGUGCGGGAUGCGAAUCAGAGGCUUGAAAUAAGUGGAUUCCUCUUUCCGUUGGCUCUAAAUUUUCCACUGUGAAAUUUGUGGCUUUUUUUCUCUGCACGAAAAUGCAAGUUUAGUUUUUCUGCGCAGGAAAUUUUCCCGUAGGACGUUUCAUGUGAGUUCAUAAAAGAUACAUGACUCUCUGCGCCUCCUAGCAAAUUAGAUUGGCCAAUACGCCAAUUACUAAUUACAGAAAUCUGUCUCAAAAUUUGUAAUGUUUUGCAGAAUGUUAAACUUGCCUUUUCUUGCAGUGAUUUUACGAAUAGGAAAAUAACAGCAUUGUUGGGUGUUGAUCGCCUGGUAAUUUAUCAUGUUUAUGCAGGAAUAUAACUACUUUGUUUAAAUGCGGCAGGAUAUGAAAUGAAUAAGGAGUUUUGGAUGCAGUUGCAUCAAGCAAUAAUGAAAAAAUGCGUGUGAUUAUGGUUUUUGGGAUGGGUUUUCAAUUUGCUGAAUCCUUGGGGAAAAUCAAAAUAUUCAAGUUAUGGUCCUUCAUUUGUGUUGUUAUAUACAUAUUGGUCAGUCAUGUCGGUUGAAAUAUAGUCCAAUUUUAAUCGGGACUAUCAAAAGUGUAAGCUUUGAGCUUGAGCUAUGAAGUGUUGGUGGGGGUGCUGCCACCUAUUUUGUAAGCAGUGGUCCCUGCACUGUUAACAGUCAUAACCGAUAGUUUUACUGUUUCCCUUAAGAGGUGUCUAUUGCCUUGUUAGAUGAUGGUGUUGUGUGUCUACUAGAUUCUGUGCUAUUUGUGUAUCAUUUGCGUAAUUUAUGUAAUAUUCUAAUGAAUAGACCCAAACAUGCAAAUAUACUGUUUGUUUAUACUGUAUGACGUUUACUGAACUUCAGAUGCAAUUAUUAAAGAUAUAGAAAAGUCCAUAUUUGUACCUGUAUGCAGAAAGCCGAAUAGAAAGAAGGAUGAGAAUACCUUGUAAUACCUUGUAUAUAAAUAUUGUAUUAUCAAAACCGUGAAAGGUUGUCGUGUCUAUGUCAUGUAUGUCCGUAUCAGUUAUAAGGAUGUAAAGCGCCAUGCUUUCUCAGGCCGUGCGUCAGUUCACGUGAGAUCGUCUGAAAAGGUUUGACGGAAUGUCAUAGUUGAAUGAAUAAUAGGCAGGGACUAAAAUUCAGGCUGAUAAAAUUUGCUUGAAAUAUAUUACAGCCGUUGUACGACAAUUCAAUAUUGGUAAUUGAUUCGUCUGUUUGUGACCAAGUAAUGUUGACCGUACUUACUGUACCAGUGUUUCCUUGUUCUUAUUAAUCAUGUUAAAAAAAACGUUGUGUUUCAUCUGGUUUGUCCGUUUAGCAUGUUGAAAGGUACUAUCAGUCUGUACAUAUGCAUGAUUGGACAGAAAACCGUAUACACUAAUCGUUGUACUGCUGAUUUCUUUCACGUUUUACUGCUAGGAAACCCCUAACUUAUAGCAACACCUUAGCCAUAGAAUGAGCUAGAUUAGGUUCAGUAGUUUGCUGGAUAACCUCACAGAGCUAGCCUUGCCUUUUUGAUCAUUUCUUGUAUUACACUCGACAUAACUGGAACGCAAGAAUUAUAAAAGCUUGCACAAUACAAUAAGAUUUUGGGGUGAAGGUUUUAGCAGAUGAGGAUUAUGCCAUGCUCGGGACUUAGAUUGGUAGCUAUUGAGCUGUAAAGUGUAAAUAGAUGUACAUUGUUGCCUUUGUAAAAAUGAUGAAAAUUGGCCAGGAAGACGGCCCUGGCGAUGAUAUGUUGUGAUGGUAAGGAGUGGGUAGAUAAGGUAAGGUAGUACAAUAAAGCCCUAGUCCCAGUUAACACAUUUUGUCACUAACCCUGGCAUUAUAGUUGUACCACUUUUCCCUACAAUUUAGAUUUGUGAUCCGUUUUCGUACAGUCCUGGUCUUGCAAACACUAUUGUGUCUGAAGUAUGUUUUAGAAGCCAUUGGGCUCACAGACAGUAGUCAGUCAUUGGCUGUCAAUUGAUUGGGAGGUUUUGCCUUCCGUAAGCAUAGGGAUAAUGUAGCUCUCAUGCAAUAAAUCCAAGUUUGUAAAAUGUCGUGUUGUGCACACUUUGGAGGUAUGACCACCAUGCUGUAGAUGUGUCCAUCGCAAUCAGCCCUUGCUCUCAGACACAACUCAAAAUAAUGCAUUGGGUGUUGUUUCUUGUGAAGUUAUUUGAAUAGUCUUAUUGAUCAAAGUGAUUGAUUAAAGACGUAAUAAAAUAAUUUCUCAUAAACGCCAUUUUCUAAAGAUGGUGGUUCCUCAGCAGAUAUUCUUUAUUCCAACCACGUUUUUUUCUUUCUCGAACUGACAUUUCAUGGAAGAUGGGAUCUUGUUUCCAAAGCUAGGGAAAUGCCGUAUUACAUAUCUGACAUCCUUUUGAAUAUCCUUUUUGAAUAUUUUGAGGUAGCGUACUUUACUAAAUAAUCUGAUUAAAAACUAAUAAGAAAAAUCUUGCCAUUUUUAUACCACACAUACUUUGAAAAGGUUUAUAGAUAGGAAUAUUAAGAUGCCCUAUCUCUCGUUUACUGUUUCAUGUCAAUGUCCCUUGUACUAUCAAACUUUUUCUAUUUUCCUAUAUGUGUGAACUAUUAUAAUCAGCUGUGCUUAUCUUAAAAGACUCCCUGCAAGCUGCAGAGGCAGUGGUUAAAAGAUGCAACGACUCUUCAACGAGUGGCCACUUGAACAAGAUAAUGACAUAACACAGCGGGGAGUAUCGAUAAUUAGUUGCUAAAGGGUUAAAAGAGGAAUCAUUUCUGAAGUCAUUGUGUCACCUACUGUCUACAUGGAUUGGUUCCUUUGUGAAAUGCACUUGCAGGCAGUCUUAGUUAACUGAGGUUGAAAUUGACAACAUAAAAUACUUGUACAACUGUGUCAAAUUAGGUUUACAAUUUCUUUCACCCCAGUCUUCUUAUUCUAUGAAAGGACCUUGUAUCUAACAGGGUGUUUCAAAAAAGUCUGUUUAUAUCCAGUGGCCACAUAUUUGUCUUCUCUUAUACAAACAUGGCCAUCCAUCAGUUACAAAGACGUGGAUUUUCAAAAAUCCACAAAAAAUUAGGAAAAUUCAGUAGCCACACAUUUUAGUGGUGAAUGCAGCACCUAUAGCUACACAAUAUUCGGACACAACUGCGAGCAAAUCUUCCUUGGUCAUGAAAGUCAUUGUUUGCCAGUGUGUCCAUACCAUAUAGCUUUAUGUGGGUGCUGUUUUAGUGUUGAUCCAUUCUGUGAAGGGCACAGGCAUCUAGAUGGCCAAACCUUGAAAUAGUAACAGGACAUUUUCUGAAACACCCUGUAAACUGUUGACUCUUUAGUAUUGUUGAAUAGAUGUUGUUGUAUAAUUGUUAUAUUUUACCUUGUAAAGGUGUGCUAUUCUCAAGAAGAAUACUUACAAUGCUUGUGCUGACUUCUACAAUAUUAUUUCUUCUAAAUUGAAACUGUUUGAAAUUACGUAUAGACUCAAAUUUAUCGUUAUUUCAAGAUGCCGAUUCAGAAUUUAGGCAAAUUGAAGGCAUCAUAAAACUGACAGUGUGACGUAACUGAUGUUGCACCAAUGGCCGUCAAAUAUUGUAUUGCAUCUUGUUUUUUAUUUUUUGUUUUUGCUUAAGAUAGCUUUACCUUUCUUAUUCUGUAUUUAUUUAUUUCAUGUUGCUCUAUCAAAUACUUUUUGCUAUUUUCUUACUUAGAAACUAAAACUUA